AAAUAUGCUUUGAUUAAACAAAAAAGGGUUCUUCAAAAAUCAAAUAUCAGAUUCAAGACGUUUUUAACCAAAAAACAAACAAAACCCAUCAUCUUCGAACUUGUUGGAGCCGAUUACUGGGGAUUUUAUACUCUAUGAUUAUGAAAAAUACAGUUAUCCACUCCUAUUCCGCCACGUGUCGGAACCCAAAAAGCCUCUUUCUUUCUCUCUCUCUAUAUUUGGAAUCAAAAAAAUCACCGGCUAUCUUUCUCACUGGCGCCCUUUCUAGUACUCUCCUUCUCUCUUUCUCUCUCUCUCUCCUUCUAUUUCUUAUUUCUAUUUACUAAGUUAUUUAGUCUUCUUUAAGUGUUAGAUCGAUCGAUCGAUCGAGAAUCGAGAAUUUGAGAACUGGUUUUGGUUAGGGUUUGUGGUUGGAUCGAAAUGGGGAGAGGAAAAGUAGAGAUGAAACUAAUCGAGAACAAGCAGAGUCGACAAGUGACGUUCGCGAAGAGGAGAAGUGGGCUUAUGAAGAAGGCUCAUGAGCUUUCUGUGCUUUGCGAUGUGGAGAUUGGACUCAUCGUCUUCUCCGGCAACGGUAGGCUCUACGAGUUUUGCAGUGGCCACAGCUUAGGAAACACAAUCGAACGCUACAAGACGAAAGGAAAAGAAGAAAAGAGCUCUAAUGAACUGGAGAAUUGUGACUAUGAUGGACUUUGGGAAGAUGUUGAUUUGUUGAAAGGGGUUAGUAAUCUCGAUGUAGAACAUCUAACAGUGGAUGAACUUGCUCAUAAGGAGAGACAACUGGAGGCUUUAUUAAGACUAACAAGGCAAAGAAAGGCACAACUAAUGAUGGAGACUGUAUCAACACUUUCUGAUCAGGAAAAGCAACUGAGAGAAGAGAAGCAGCUCCUAGAAAACAAGAUUGAAGAAAUGGUUGGAGAACGAGGAAAGAAAGUGGAGGCGAAUGAGGUUAAGGGUAACGCUCCCAAUUCCAUGCGCCGAGUACUCCAACUUUACUAAUACAAACACUCUCUAACUUCAUAAUAUUACAAUAUUUAUUUAGAUAUAUAUAUAUUGACCAAAUAUUCCAACUUUACUGUUGUUGUUGUCUGAAUAGAAAUAUUGUAAUAGAAAGACUCUCUAACUUCAUAA